UUCUAUUCUCAUCUUCCUCUCCCCCUCCUCUAAAAUCAACAUUAUACGUUUCUUCUGGGUUUGUCCCCUUCGAAAAUUCCAAACCCUAGUUUCGCCCUUCUUUCUUUUCGCCAGAUUCGAACCAGACGGUCGAACGAACGGUUUCCGAUCUUCGUCUUUUUUGUUUUUUUUUUGUUGCUAAGCUUAUUUCCAUGAAGAAGGUUCUUCAUCGAGGCUUUAAGCCUGCUAAAUGCAAAACAGCUUUACAAAUGGCGAAUUCACGCCUGAAGAUCCUCAAGAACAAAAAGGAGAUUCAGAUCAAACAGCUGAGACGAGAGUUAGCUCAAUUGCUCGAAGCUGGGAACACCCCAACCGCUAGAAUUCGGGUGGAACAUGUGGUGAGGGAAGAGAAGACAGUGGCUGCUUAUGAAUUCAUUGGGAUCUACUGCGAGCUUAUUGUUGUUCGUUUAGGUGUUAUCGAGUCUCAAAAGAACUGCCCCAUUGAUCUGAAAGAAGCGGUUGCCAGCGUCUUAUUUGCUUCCCAGAGGUUAUCAGAUGUCCCUGAGCUCUCAGAGAUCGUUAAGCAAUUCACUACCAAGUACGGGAAGGAUUUUGCUACUUCUGCUAUUGAGCUGCGUCCAGAUUCUGGUGUCAGUCGCCUGCUGGUGGAUAAAUUGUCUGUCAAAGCCCCUGAUGGUCCAACAAAGGUCAAGAUUUUGACGGAGAUAGCUGAGGAGCAUAAUGUUGUAUGGGAGGCAAAGUCUUUUGUUGAACCGGAUCCAAGAGACCAGUUGUUGAGUGGAGCAAGCUCGUUUCAGUCAGCGAGUAGUGUAAACGUUGUGGAUUCCUCUAGAAUCCCAGCUCCAGCUCAUGUCAAUGUUCAGUAUGGAACAAGUGAAAGGCAACAUUCAUCAGAAAACUCUUAUUAUGCAAGUGAUGGACGAUCUUCAAGCCGUACCAACAAUGUUACUUCUGGGACGGCUAAUGACUAUCAUCAUCAUCCAAAUGCAAGACCUUCUCGGUCUAGGCCUGAUGAAGGAGAAACUAGAAAUCAAAAUCAUGGCGAAAGUAAGCAAAGGUGGGAAACAGAGUUUGUUGAUUCGACAGAUGCUGCACGUGCUGCUGCUGAAGCCGCUGAGAGAGCAAGUUUCGCUGCUAGAGCGGCUGCUGAGCUUUCUAGCAAAGAAAGGAUGACGAGGCAGAAUUCAACAGAGUCGCAUAUGUCCUCUGCAUCUGUCAAUUUCAGAAACGAGCCUUCACAUAGACGUGACAGAUCGAAUGUUUCUGAAGAUCAUUCAUCUCCAAGACACAAUGUUAGGAUGCAGCAUGAAGGUAUGGACAGAACCCAGCAAGACAGAUAUGGUAGGGGAAAGGAACCUGAGAAUCCUCCUGUAGUUCAGCCAUCAGAGAGACAUUACCUGAAUAAUAACUCGAGAAAGAGUGGUUCCUUUGGUAAAACAGGUAGAGAGAAGCAACAAAGCGAGGAUGAGGAGACAGAUUUAAAUGUUGGUUACUCGGAAGAUGUUCACCUCAGGAAGCAGGCAAGCAGGGCUUCAUCUCAUUCACAUUCAAGCAAUUGUUCUGAUGAGCAUGUCAUUGACUCAGAUUAUAUGAAGUCACCAAAAGCCGUGGAGGAGAACAUUUUUGCCACUGAAUAUGAUCACCAAUCUCAGGGAAGCUUUAAAGAUAAAGAUGUCCAUGAUCAUGGACAUGAUGAUGUUGCUGGUACUUUUGAUGAUUAUAGCUCCUUUUUUGAUAAACCUAAAUUUGAUGCUGAAGAUGAUGACUAUGAUCAUGGAGUGGGAUUCUCAUUGCUUGGCAGCAAAGCACCUAACCUUACCUCAACACCAGCGGCUUCCUGGAGCUUCAAAAGUGACCAUAGUAAGUCUCAUGGAAAUCACAGCUCAAGCUCACAAGUCUUCCAAGAGAGCCCAUUGUUUGAUGAUGUCCCUACAAGUCCUCCUGCUUCUUACCAUGAGCCAGAUCGCCAUGCUAAGUUUGACAACUAUGAUCCAAAUUCAGAAAGCGAAGAUGAUCAGCCGAGACACAGAGGUAAAGUUGAUGAAACGGUGAAUCUGACAUCUCAUCGAUCUCAGAAGUUUGAAGUCUCUGAUCCUGUGGGACAUGAGUUUUUCCCUGUCGAGACAGAUGAACAUAAAGAUGAUUCAAGGACAAGGGAAGACUCAGAUUCUGAGGCAGAUGCUCAGACUGGUCUGAGUUUUAAACCUUUGGUCGGUGGAUUCAGGAACAAAAAGACACUCCCACCAUACAGAAUGAGUCUGGCAAGUAACGAGACAUCGUCCAAGUCUGGAAAGGAACAUAAUGGAACUGAUGAUGCUGGCAAGUCGGUGCCUACUCCUAGAAGUAGCAGAAAAGCAAGCAUCAGCGAGAAGAGACCAAGCUCUAUACCACCACAACCAUCUUCUAGUGAUGAUGAUGACUCAGAGAUCCAACUUCGUUCAAGAAAACCAGAAACAAAACCUCAAACCUCAUAUCGUGAUUCCCGUUUCAGCCAUGAUGACUCAGAGGAAGAACUUCCAGCACGAGCUUUUGUCAGAAGUCAAGAGAAGACUCAUAAGCCAACAACGAGAGUAAGAGAUCAAAAUAGAUCAAACUUUAAGAUCCCAGCUUCAGCCUGGUAUGAAGAUGAUGAAGAAGAAGUCGAAAGAGUCAGUGCCAAGCCAGCUAAAAUAACCGGGGUCUCUCUAAGGACAAAGGAACAAGUGAAAGCUCAUGAGAAGCGUUCAUUUCCAGUUACACCAACGAGAACCAACACAGAGUCUCAUGACCAGCCAUCUCCAAAAUCAACUUCAGGACAAAAGACAGUUUCAAGCUCUGUUCCACCAACUGUAAAAUCACCAGAUCCAGAAACUCCGUCAAGGGAGAGAGCUAGUCAUGUUCAUCCCAACCUCCCGGAUUGUGAUGAUAUCUUUGCAAGGCUUGGCGCUCUUCGUACUCCUAAUCGCCGCUGAAUAUGCCCAUCCUCCGUCUGUUGAUACAUUUACUCUUGUCACAAAGAUCACUCUAAACUCAUUCCUUACUCUGACCGAAGUUGAUAUUCUUACCCAUUAUACAGAUUGAAGCAGUGGUGUGAUAAUACUUGGUUCUUUUCUUCUUCUUUUUGACCUUUUUGGUGUUUACUCUGACUGAAUUUUAUUUUCACACACAUUAUACAGAUUGAAGCGUUGGUGUGACUAUGCUUGUUUA